CUGAAACAGAAGUAGAAGCAAAGGCGAAAGCUACCCUACCGCCAAUUUAUAAGCGCCGUAGUCGUGAUAUAGAAAAAUAUGUGUUCGUUCGUGCAUGCGGAUGGCCGAGAUGUAGCCCCGCUCAUUGACAGCCUCAUGGAGGACGAGGCCGAGCGAGAACUGCUUCGCUCCAAACCCACCUGCUUCUUCAUUGUCGGGAGCCCGGGAGUAGGAAAGUCUACUCUUGCAAGAAAAAUAGCCCAGGUUUGGAACUGUGUUCUAAUUGACGACACGGAACUGCUUACUUAUCACAUCAACAAUUUUACCGAGCAUGGUUUAAAGCUUAGAGACAUUCUCAAUAGCGGGAGCUGCAUUCCAGAGGAAACAGUCUUUCAGCUGAUUAUGGAGAGGCUGAGAUCCCCGGAGGUGGAGCAUCAUGGCUAUGUACUAAGCUGCUUACCCUCCAUAUCAGAAGACUAUCUGAAAAUACCAGAACAGAUAGAGAUAAUUAAAAAUUUUAAAUUCCCACCUGAUUUUAUCAUAAACAUUAAGUGUGCCGACAGGGACCUGGUCCAGCGGCUCAGUGGCCGGCGCCUGCACCCAGAGACUGGAGCCGUCUAUCCCAGGGAGCAGUGGAAUGUGGUCAAGAAGGAGACAGGCAGGAGACAAGAGAGGGAUGAGAUGGAGGACCUGGGAGAAGAAGAGGAGAAGGAGGACAAUCUGGCAGAAAAGGAUGGGGAAGAGAUGGAGAAACAAGACCUUCCAGAGGAUGUAAUUACACAGCUCGUUCAGCUGGUGGAAGAUUUCCCAGAAGAUGUUUACAAAAAAAUCCUUCUGUACAAAGACACUGUGCUAAGACCUUUACAAGAUUACAUGGUCAACCAUGAUCCCCUGUUCCUCUUUGAGCUCGAUGGUAACAACAGUUCAGAGGACUUAUUUCUGUUGGUGGUGUCGCGCCUGGAGUCGAUGGCGGCUAGGCGAGCUCCCGUGCCCGUGCAGCUCCUGCAGGAGGAAGAGGAGGAGGAGGAGAUACUGCAGGCCAGCGUGGACACUGACAAGCUGCUGAGGGAUCUGUCAGCCUGCAAACCCGUGGCCCCGGGGCUUCGGUGGAGGCAGAGUCGCUGGGGAUGCUUCUGUCCCGUGGCCCUCAGGGAGGGCACAAUCCUCCAGGGAAAACCUAAGUUCGCCAUCAGGUUCCUGGAUAAGAUGUAUGUACUUUCAUCAUCGGAGGCCCUACAGAAGUUUAUGGUGAACCCCCGCCCCUACCUGCUCCCGCCGAUGCCACGCCCGCCCUGCAAGGUGGCCGUGAUAGGGCCUCCAUCGGUGGGGAAGAGCACGCUCUGUGGCCUGAUAGCCAGCCACUAUGGUGCCGCCGUGGUGGAUGUGGAAGCUCUAGUGAGGCCCACGCUGAACCAGGCGCGGGACACCAUGCUGGAGAAGGUGCGGGCAGAGGCCACGCCCAUUGCCAUCCAGAGGGUGAAGGCCAGACUGAAGGCUGAAGUCACCCACGUGACGAAUAAAGCGAGUUAUAAGACAGAGGAAGAGGAUGAGUUGGAUGAGAACGAGGCUGAUCUUACAGAAAAAAUGGAAAGCUGUGAGGUGGAAGUGACGGAGCAACACCCGGAGGUGGAGGCCUUGGUGAUGGAGGCUCUGAAGGAGGCAGAGCGGGACGCUAGCUCUCCUCGCUUGGAUGUCUAUGGGGAGAUACUGACGGAGCACAUUAAAGAGGUCCAAUCCACUAAUUCAGAAGGGCAGAUUAAAAAAGGAUGGGUGAUCGAUAACUAUCCAAGGAACCAGAACCAGCUGGCGGCAUUGCAGGACCUGGAGAUCAGACCUGAUACGAUUAUCUGCCUCAAAGACGGUUCAGAGGAUGCUGGGACACUCCUGCGGAGGAUCUACGAGGCCCACAGGGAUGAGGUUGACGCCGUGAUCCUGAAGAGGUUGCAGGAGAAGCAGAGACUUGAGGAGCAGGAAUCCCAGGAGGCAACGCAGCACAGAGACGGGUCAGAGGAGGAGCUGCAGCUCACAGACAGUCACUGGGGGUUGGACUCAGUUCCCGAGGAGACUCAAGAGCUUAAGCUGCCACAGGUAUGGGAGAAGGGUUACCCAGACUGCCCCGAGAUGGACAGUUUCAGACUGGGGGUGAAGCAGUUCAUGCUGGAAUGGGCAGCAAUGGAGUCGUCGGUCAUGGGGAGCUGUGCUGUUCUGGACAUCCGUGAGAAGACCCCGGAGGACUUGCUGAGGGAGGCGGUGGCCAUUAUGGAGAGGCCCUUCCAGUACGUCGCCUGGGAGGUGACGAGCGCGGACCUGGAUGAGGAAGAGGAGGACGCCCAGGCCUUGGCAGACACGAGGAACGCGGAUGUCGUGGAGGCGGAGACAGAGACGGAGGAGGGUACCUCUUCACCCAAGAGGAUUAUGGGAGACACCUUGCACUUCUGUCCAGUUGUCCUUAAGGAGAGAGGCACCCUCUUCCCAUGUGCCGACGAUUAUGCUGUGAAGUACAGAGAGAAGACCUAUUACUUUUCCAGCACAGAUGCAAAAGACAAAUUUCUGCAAAGUCCUGAACUGUAUGUCUCCCAACACCAUCGUUUGCAGGCUCCGGCGCUUAGGAUAUUCCUGCUUGGCGUCCGUGGCUCCGGCAAAACCAGCCAGACCAAGUGGCUAGCCAAGCGCCUCAAUAUCUUCCACAUUCAGUUCCGUGAACGGCUCCAGGAGCUGCUUGUAGGCAAGACCGUGGAGAGGGUCCCCUAUGCUGAUGAGAUGGAACCAGCAGACGAAUGGGUGGCGGACCUUGAAUUGGAGGCUGUGCAAGGAACCGGGGAGAACAGCCAGAGCCGUGCACAGGUCUUUAAUGUUGUACUCACCGAAGAAGAGGAAGCCAUCAGAUGCUGCUUGUCUGACGGCGUACCCUUACCUGCAGAGAUACUGGACACGAUUCUCCCUCAGUGGUGGGAGCAGGAACCGUACAAGUCGGCGGGUUUCAUUCUGGAGGGUUUUCCCCAAAGCCUAGAAGAUGUGCAGUAUCUCAUGGACCACUGCCUGCUCCCAGAUGCCACGGUAGUCAUGGAGGUAGAGACAGCUGAUGUACUGCGUCGCCUUUUGCCCCAGAGGCUGGACAGGUGGAGGGAAAGGAGGAUGAGGAAGCUGGAGCGGCAAAGGAAGGCCAUGGAGCUGCGGCUCAGGGCUCGGGAAGAGGCUAUGGCGAGAAGACGCGCAGAGAUUAUAGCAGAACGUGCGGCUGGACAGCUGGCAGCCAGGAUGGAUGAUGAAAAUCACAGCGACGAGGACCCGGAAGAGGUGGAGGCUGAGGAGGAGUUGGAGAGCAGGGUGGAGGCCAUGCUGCUUGAUGAGUUCCCCCCUGAGGAAGAGGGUGAGGAUGAGGAGGAAGAGACAGAGGCCAGUGCCAAGGAACACCUGGAGAUGGAGAUAAGAGACUGCUUUGAGACGGACCACACUAACCUUCAGAAGAUCAUGGAAGCUUUGACAGAUGUCCGGAACCUACAGAUUACAAUCAGGGCCGGCAGGACACCCCAGAUUGUGCGCCGUCAGCUUCAUGACAAGCUGCGGGCGCUGGUGGAAAAGCGCGAGGCGCUGUUUGAGAUAUGCCAGCCACUGGGCUGCUCACUCGCUCACAAGAUGCUUCAUUUAUCUUACAAGUUCUACAGCGGCUUUGGGUACUGGGACCCCGUCAAGCUGAGUGAAGGCGACCUGAUCCAGUCUGCUCGGGGACCCUCGGACCCUAGCUUUCCUGUGCUCUUCCACCAGUUCAUUUAUUUCUUCACUUCCAAAGAGACUCGCAGAAAAUUUAUGUUCAACCCCAUUAAAUACUUGAGGCAGCCCAAGCCCAGGCCACCUCUGCCAAUCAAAAUGGCCAUCACUGGCCCCCCAAAAUCAGGAAAAUCCACAGUGGCCAGGAAGUUUGCCAGUGAGUUUGGCAUCCAGCGGCUGUCUAUCGGAGAUGCCAUGAGAGCCGUUCUGACCAAUCAACGGCAGACUGAGCUUGUUGCCCACAUGUUAUCGUACCUGCACCAGGGUCUUGCUGUGCCUGACAAACUGGCCGUCCAGUGCCUGGAGGUGGCCCUCAUGAAUCUCGUCUGCAGCACCAGGGGGUUUAUCCUCGAUGGCUUCCCCGUGACAAAGGGACAGGUUGACCUCAUGGAGAGCCGAGGCAUCGUCCCGUACAGGGUGGUCGAGCUGCAGGUGGACACCCAGGAGUCUCUGAGGAGGGGUCUAGUGGACCAGAUGAAAAUACCAAGGCCUUACGUGAUGCACGACAGCCCCCAGGCCCUCAGUGUCCAUAGUUCCUGCUACAGGCGAGAGGUGGAGCCGGUCAGACAGCACUACCAGGAGCAGCACCAGAACUGGGUGCUCGUGGAUGGGCAUAAGAGCAAGUGGUGGGUGUGGUGCAAAGUCCUGGAGGAGGCGCAAGCGAGCGUGAGGCACAUCCAGGGCUACCUGGAGAGGAAACGGCAAGGCCGGGCAGCCUGUAUCGACCGGCUCCUGGUAACCCCCACGGAGAUGCAGGCCAGGCUUGGGGAGUUUGGCCAGUACUGCCCCGUCAGCCUGGCCCUCCGUGCCGAGCUGGUAGACUGCUCCCACUUAGCCUCCCUGGAGCUGGUGGCUGAGUUCCAGGGCCACUACUACAAAAUGGCCUCCAAGGAUUUCCUGAAGAAAUUCCUUGAGACACCACAGCGGUACGUGACGCCAGGAUGCCCUCGAGUGAUUCCUCCCACUCCCCUACUGCCGAAGCGACUGACAGCGCUGCAACUUAAAGCCAGAUUCCCCCAGCAGGCAGAGAUGAAGGGCUACUGCCCUGUCACCUACUUGGAUGGGCGGCAGAGGUAUGAGGCAUUAGUGCGAGGACACCCAGACUAUGCUGCUGAAUAUAGGGAAAAGAUCCAUAUUUUUGCAGAUGAGGAAAAACUACAGAAAUUUUUAAGAUCACCUGAGACCUACUGGGAUCAGAAGCUUCCACACAAACUUCCACCCAUUGAAGCACCAAUAACUCUCACCUCCCUCCCAAUGCUGGGUUACUUGGAACAGGGUGUUGCUACUGCAAUAAUAACGGCAAUGACUGCUGUUGGAUGUUUUAAACCAAAGUAUCCAUAUUUGAGUGCCAAAAGAUCAGCUCUGCUCUACGUGGCGUAUCACCUGAAAGCCUUCAAUCCUAGGAACUCUGACUACAUUUGCAAGAAGUACAAAAAGAAGCUGGAGUGCUUGGAGGAUGGCUGUGAGCUUAUAUCAUACCUCGGAUCAACCAUGACGCAAGAGUAUGCACAGACCCAUGAGCAACCUGUGGACUUUACCCACAAGCUUCAACGCUUCCUAGCACUGAAGCACAUCAGAGUUACAGCCGAGGGCAUCGUGUAACCGGCUGAGUCAUAGUCAUAUUGGAUGAGAUAUUAGUAUUAGUCGUAAGAGUAACAUAAAGAUUGUUCAGUUUACUUGAUUUAAGAAUUACAUUUCACUCUGUUACUGAUUAAAGUGAGCAGAAGUUUUCAUGUGGCUAACAAUAAAUUAUUUAGUUGCUUUAUAGACAAAUUUAUCCAGGUCUACUUUUGUAUAUUUAUUUUGCAGUUAUGAGGGGAUUUCAUGCUAAAGGGUACAAUAGUAGUUGGGGAAAAAGAAGCUGUUUGUAUUAGAAAUCAAAUUUUGGAUCCAACACCUGCUACUCUUAUUUCCAGCAAACAGGGAAUGUUCAGUUAACAUUGGACUAUGGUUUUCCUGUGGUUAGAUUUACAAAAACCUACUUGUAACAUAUAGAAAAUGUUUGCUCUGGUUUAUUAUGCCUCAGAACGUUCCCCAAAUGUUCCUGUAAUGUAUAAAGAACCUAAGAGGAUUUCCGUCAUGAGGUUUCUCAAAGGGUUCUUGUAUUGUAAUGGUCAGGGGAAUAUUGAUACAACUAACUGGAACAUUGUCCACAGGUUACCCAGAGGUCCCACCUUGCAAACAUUAGGAGAAUGUUCCAUAAACCAAAACAGCAAGCAAAUAAAAUGUUAUAUUUAAGUUAAAAAACAACACUUCCCUGCCUAACCACAGCACAACCAAACAAACCAUCAGAUAACGUUUUCGUAACCAAAAAAAUAAUCUUCCUGGGAUGUUUUGAAAACCAAAAAAAAAUUAAUUUGAAUAACAAUUUGUUGGGGCCAGUGAACACUGUGACCUCAAACAUGGACUGCGGGUUUUACGCCAAAUCUGAUUCAACUGAUUCAUUUCAAAGUACAGUAUAUGGUAUUGGGACACACCUCUCAAUCAUAGAAUUCAGGUGUUUCAUUCAGACCCAUUGCCACUGGUAUAUACACUCAAACACCUAACCAUUCAGUCAGGUUUACAAACAUUUGUGAAAGAAUGGGUCACUCUGAAGAGUUCAGUGAAUUCAAGAGUGGUACCAUCAUAGGCGCAAAAAUUGGGUGGCAGGAGCUUCAUGGAUUGGGCUUCCAUAGCCGAGUAGCUGCAUGUAAGCUUCACAUCACCAAGCACAAUGCCAAACAUCGGAUGGAGCGGUGAAAAGCAACGCUGCCACUGGAUGCUGGAGCAGUGAAAGCGUGUUCUGUGGAGUGAUGAAUCACGCUUCUCUGUCUGGCAGCCUGAUGGACAAGUCCGUGUUUGCCAGAAGAACGUUACCUGCCUGACUGCACUGUGCCAACUGUAAAGUUUGGUGGAAGAGGGCAAAUGGUAUGGAGAUGUUUUUCAGGGGUUCGGCUGGGCCCCAGAGCUGGGAACUGUUAAUGCUGCAGCAUAGGAAGAAGUUUUGAACUAUUCUAUGCAUCCAACUUUUGUAGCUAUAGUAGUUAAAUAGUUGAUAUUUAUUAUUACUUGCACUUUUCCACAACCCACUAUCCAUAUUUCAUACGGUGUAUGAGUGUACAUAGGCAUUAUUACUACUAUUGUAUCAGUGUUCUAUCUUAUUUUAUAUUAUUUUUUAUUCUGUAUUCUUAUUCUUGUAUUUUUAUAUUCUUUACUCUUGUAACUCUUUCUUGCUAUCUGUCUGGAGCUGCGUUAACACACAAAUUUCCCCACUGUGGGAUCAAUAAAGUCCUAUC